GAGAGACAGAGGAGGAGCAGAGAGAGACAGAUAGAGAGGCGAGAGAGACAGAGAGAGAGAGAGAGAGAGAGACAGAGAGAGAGAGAGAGAGAGGAGAGAGAGAGACAGAUAGACAGAGAGACAGAGAGACAGAGA